AUGGCAGUAGAUGAAAGAGUUAGUGUUCUAAUGGUGUCAAUGUCCUUACAAGGCCACAUUAAUCCCAUGUUUAAGUUCGCUAAACACCUUCUCUCAAAGGGUGUUCAGGUCACCAUCGCCACCACCGAAGAUGGCCGCGACCGCAUGCUCAAGAACACAAAAUCCUCCAACCUCACAGACAACACAAACCUUAACAAUUCUGGCAAUGAUUCCGGAAUCAAACUCGUUUUCUUUUCCGAUGGCCUUAGCCUCGACUUUGACCGUUCCGACACCGAGUCGAUGGUCAACAGUAUCCGUGAAAAAGGUCCCAAAAACUUGUCCACCCUCAUCACGAACCUCACCAAAGUUCAUAACUAUUCAUGCGCUAUUGUCAACCCCUUCGUGCCUUGGGCUAUCAAUGUGGUUGUGGAGCAUGGUAUCCCAUGUGCGCUGCUUUGGAUCCAAGCUUGUGCUUCGUAUUCUAUUUAUUAUCGUUACUUGAAGAAUAUUGAUCCUUUUCCUAAUUUGGAUGACCUCGAUGAGAAAGUGCACUUGCCAGGACUACCACCUUUUGAGGUUAAGGACAGUCCUUCUUUUAUACUUCCUUCCACCCCUUAUCACUUCAGGCAUGUCAUAAGGGAAUUGUUCGAGGCUGUGGAUAAAGUGAAUUGGGUUUUAGGUACUUCGUGUUAUGAAAUUGAGGAAGAGAUUGUGAAUUCCAUGGCCUCACUAACUCCAAUUUACCCUGUUGGACCAUUGGUGUCACCUUUUCUGUUGGGAGAAAAGGAAAGAAGUGAUGUUAGUGUGGACAUGUGGAGUGCUGAGGAUUUCUGCAUAGAGUGGCUCGACACUAUGCCAAGUUCUUCAGUUAUCUACGUGUCUUUUGGUAGCUUGCUUGUGUUGUCACAAAAGCAAGUAGAUAACAUAGCUGCGGCUCUGAAGAACAGCAACAAAGCGUUUCUGUGGGUGAUUAAGCCGAGUGAUGGAGAGUCCCAUGAUGCUGUUGAAUUGCCAGUUGAAUUUUUGGAGGAAACUAAGGAGAGAGGUUUGGUGGUGAAAUGGUGCCCUCAGGAGAAGGUGCUAAUGCACCCUUCCGUGGCUUGUUUCAUAACCCAUUGUGGGUGGAACUCCACGCUUGAGACUGUGGUUACCGGUGUGCCUGUUAUUGCUUGGCCUUUUUGGACGGAUCAGCCAACCAAUGCCAUGCUUAUGGAAAAGGUGUUCCACAAUGGCGUGAGGGUGAAGUGUGGGGAAGAUGACAUUGUGAGCACAGAAGAAAUUGAAAGAUGCAUUAAGGAUGUUACGGAGGGGCCAAGAGCAGGGGAGAUUAAGAAGAGGGCAAUGGAAAUGAAGUUGUCAUCACAUAAAACAUUACAAGAAGGUGGUACAUCUAACAAGAAUAUCAAUCACUUCAUCAUUGACCUGAUUGCUAGGUAUCCAGCUAGGGCUUGA